AUGCAUCCGAAACAUUCGGGCCUCCGCCCGUCCGGAGGGCCUGGGGUAUGUUUCGUUUCGUCUGGGAAGGAUGAUAAUUGGCCCGUAAAGUGUUGCCCUAAGCCACGAAAUGUGGGCGUGCCAAAACAAGGUUCCUCUUUGUCCCGUAACCGUGAAGUUGUGCGUGUAGCUCUGGCCCAUUUGAAUCGGGCAUUGCGUUACAUAAGCGGGCCCGUCGGCCCAUCCGCUUCUAAGUUGCCGACACGAGCUCGGGCAAAAGUGACGAAACUAAGAGGCCGAACAACAGGGCAGCAGGAUCUAGUUCUUAGAAGCUUGCUCGUGAAAUUUGAGCCGUCAGAUCUAUACACGCUAACUCGAGUGUGCUUUGAUCUGACGACUCAGAUUGAGGUGUGA